AUGGACGCUCCAGCGGUCUUCACCGACACCGACUUUUACCAGCGGAGCUUCGACCCUCAGGAGUAUCUGAAAGAGUUUUACACCUUGAACGACAGCCAGGGACAGCCAAACAGGUUUCUGAUUCAAAACCUGAGAAGCUUGUCUCAAAUGUUCUCCUUGGACUCCACGGACCAGACCCGCCGGGAGCUGGAGAGGUGGCUGAAGAAGGAAGCGGGAGCCUUUGACUGGAGCCCAGUGGUGAAAUAUGUCUGUGAGCUGGAAGGGGACAGGGAGAAGUGGGCUGAGAAAGAGGAGAAAGUGAGAAAGAAGGUGAAGCGGGUUCUGAAGUGCGACGUGACUAAAGCCAACCCCGUGGAGCCCCUGUCCCUGCCUCCCGCCGACUGUGUCAUUUCCACUCUCUGCUUGGAGGCCGCCUGCAGGGACGUGGCCGCCUUUCGCAGCGCCCUGAGGAACAUCAGUGCCCUUGUGAAGCCGGGGGGCCACCUGGUGAUGGUCACUGUCCUCCAGGAAACCUACUACGCCUUCAACAAGCAGGUUUUCUCAUGCCUCUACCUGGAGAGGAACGCGGUGGAGGAGGCUGUGGAGGGCGCUGGCUUUGAGGUGAAGUUCAGCGAAGCUCACCCGUACCCGCCCGGCGACAUCCGCGUGGAUUGCACAGCUGUGCUGUCCCUGGUGGCACGCAGGCGUGCCUCCGUCAGCGAGUAG